AUGCGCUGUGUAUCAGCCCUGUUUAGAAAACCCUGCAAUGUCACAGCGAGCACAGACAGCAGGCAGCGGGAGAAAUUCGCCUCGCUGAUGCCGGCGCUGUUUCUUGCCCGGGGGGAACAGCGUGGUUCAACUGGCACGAGAGGCUAUUCAGGCACGCAAGGCUGCUUCUUGGAGCCCUGCCAGCUGCUUUCUGCAAGGCGGACUAAAACCCAGCACCUCGUCCCGGCAGCCCCACAGCCCUGCCAGCUGAGUGCUUGGGGCACCCAGAGUGGAGGAGGCUUUCGCAAAAUCGAGCCUUUAGGCAUCAGACAUAGCAGAGCUAUCAAACCAGAGCACACAAGAGGACAAAGAGGGUUCAGUUCGGCACAGACGACCGCAGCGUUCAUAAAGUUUCGCUCCUGUUUCAGCAGGACUCCUCUUCACCUGGCAGUGAUCACUGAUCAGCCCGAAAUUGCCGAGCAUCUCCUGAAGGCAGGAUGCGACCUGGAAAUCAGGGACUUCCGCGGAAACAGCCCCCUGCACAUUGCCUGCGAGCAGGGCUCCCUGGGGAGCGUCAGCGUCCUCACGCAGUGCUGCCAGCCGCACCACCUCCGCGCCGUCCUGCAGGCAACCAACUACAAUGGACAUACAUGUCUCCAUCUGGCGUCUAUUCAAGGAUACCUGGCUAUUGUUGAAUACUUGCUGUCCUUGGGAGCAGAUGUGAAUGCUCAGGAGCCAUGCAAUGGCAGAACAGCACUACAUUUGGCUGUUGACCUGCAGAAUUCAGACCUGGUGUCACUUCUGGUGAAGCAUGGGGCAGAUGUGAACAAAGUGACCUACCAGGGGUAUUCCCCCUAUCAGCUCACGUGGGGAAGAGACAACUCCAGCAUCCAGGACCAGCUGAAGCAGCUGACCACGGCCAACCUGCAGAUGUUGCCAGAAAGUGAGGACGAGGAGAGCAGUGAAUCGGAGCCUGAAUUCACAGAGGAUGAACUUAUGUAUGAUGACUGCCUUAUUGGAGGACGACAGCUGGCGUUUUAAAGCAGCGCUUUCUGUGAAAAGAAGGGACUGUGUACAUAUGUAUACAAAAAGGACUGACUUUCUUCAUUUAAAAAGAAAGUCGCAAAGCAGAGGGAGAAACCAGGAGGGAAAUUCUACACGGCCCAGCAAGGAGCACAUUACUGUGGCAGGACGGUUCCAGGUUCCGGCCUGUGUUUAAACACAGGAGUGGGAUGUGUAACAGCAGUAGAGAUCUGUGAUUAUUCACACCACCUGAUAAAGAGCCACGUAGCCAGUCCUCUCAGCCCUGCAAAGGUUGCAGACCACACAUCCAGCCUGCUAGUUACAGAGAGCUAUCUUGUGGCACUAAGUACCAUGAGGAAUGCUUUUCCUCUGGCAGCAAGGAGGGCUCGUGUGAAUGCCCCAGCUUCUUCCGAGAAGUGUCCGGACUGCGUGUGAAUUUAUGUUGGGGUGAUGGCCCUCCUUGGCCUUACUGACCGACUUCAGCUGCUCUCGGCGGGGUGUCCCGCACAGAGGAGUCAAACCAAGGGACCGGGGGCCUCCUGGCUGUUGGGAGAAAGGUAGCAAUGAUGUUAACUGUGGGCAUUGGAAACAGUGUGUUUCACACCAUGUGUGUCAUAAUUGCUACACUUUUUUAGCAAUUG